UGCCCCUCCCCCGCCCACCCCCCUAAAAAGAAAGAGGCGUAAGAGUCUUUCUCUCUCUUUCUUUCUCUCUCUCGAUCUGGAACUACCUGCUCCUCCUCCUCCUCCUGGCGGCUACCUAUCCUCUCCUCCAAGCCGACGCCAUACUGAUUGGGUUUAGGGUUUUACUACUUUGCCUUUCUUUUCUUCUAUCUAUACACACACAUACACAUAUAUAUACAGAUCUCUACCGUUAAAUUUCGCCAUGGCCAGCGUUGCUCCUCCAGCUGAUCAAGCUGCAGAUUUACUGCAGAAGCUAUCUUUAGAUUCUCAGACUAAGACCCUUGAAGUUUCGGAACCAGAGAAGAAGCCUUCUGCUAUUCAAUAUGCUCCUGUUAACUCCAGUACUUUAGCCAAUGGUCUUAAUAACCCGUUUGAGCGACCCCUGACGCCACAGGAUUUUAUAGAUCCAAACAUGUGUUACAUCCCCAAUGGUUACCCGUCUACUCCCUAUUAUUACGGAGGUUAUCAGUCUGGUAAUGACUACUCUAGGUAUCCCAAUGUUGAUGGAGUUGAGAUGCCUCCUGGUGUUUAUGGGGAUAAUGGGUCCCUUGUCUAUCCUGGGUAUGGUUAUGCACCGUAUGGCACAUAUCACCUGCCAACUUCUCCUGUUCCCAGCAUGGGACAUGAUGCCCAGCUUUAUGGAGCACAACAAUAUCAAUAUCCCACUUAUUAUCAGUCUUCUACACCUACUAGUGGGCCGUUGACUUCAAAUCAAGCCAAGGCUCCCCAAGCAGGGUUUCCAACUUCUACUGCAACUGACCAAAUGCCUUUGCCUGUAGAAUCAAUAGAUGCAAACCAAAGUAGCAUGGCAAAUGUCAGAAGUGUUAAUGGAACAAAUGGGUCAAAGUCUUUAAGACCAAACUAUCAAAACUCAUCUUUUGGUCCCAAUAAUUCCCAUGCAAAAGGAAGCAUGCCACCGGGUACAGCUACGGGUUUCCAGGAUCAAAGAUAUAGCUUUGAUGUGACUCACUUACCAAGCCCUUGGUUAGAUGCCUCAGUAUUCCCUGAUGGGAAGUCUAAACAUGCACUACCUUUGCAUGGAACUAAUGUUCUUUCUGGUAGGAAUCAAAAUCUACGACCCUUUUCACAUCUACAGGGCUUGCACCACCCUAGACCAGCACCUGGAAUGAGCCAAACUGGUUUUACCGAUAGGAUGUAUCCAAACAACAGAGCAUAUGGCCAUUAUGCAAACACUUUUAGAAGCAGUGCAGGAUUUGGGCUUAACAGUUAUGAUCCCAGGAUCAGCGGUCGUGGGUGGUUUGGUGUUGAUAGCAAGUAUAAGCCCAAGGGUCGUGGUAACAGUUUGUUUGGCUAUGGGAAAGAAAAUGUGGAUGGUUUGAAUGAAUUGAACAGAGGACCUAGAACCAAGGGUUUUAAGAACCAAAACAGUACCGAACCUAUCACAUUAGCUGUGAAGGGCCAAAAUAUUACAUUGCAUGGGAAUGAUUAUGAGGAUAAGUCGUCUGCAAUCCCGAACAAGGAGCAAUACAACAGAGAAGAUUUUCCUGAGUCUUACUCAGAUGCAAAGUUUUUCAUUAUUAAAUCUUACAGUGAGGAUGAUGUCCAUAAAAGUAUUAAAUAUGGAGUGUGGGCUAGCACACCCAAUGGCAACAAGAAGCUGGAUGCAGCGUAUAAGGAAGCUCAAGCAGUUGGUUGUCCCAUAUUUCUUUUCUUCUCUGUCAAUGCCAGUGGGCAAUUUGUUGGUCUAGCUGAGAUGGUUGGUACAGUUGAUUUCAGCAAGAGCUUGGAGUACUGGCAGCAGGACAAAUGGACUGGUUGCUUCCCUGUGAAGUGGCAUAUAGUGAAGGACGUACCAAAUAGUCUGCUGAAGCACAUUACACUUGAAAACAAUGAAAGCAAACCUGUUACUAAUAGCAGGGACACGCAAGAGGUUAAGUUAGAACAGGGUAUUGAAAUGCUCAAGAUUUUCAAGGUCAAUUCAAGCAAGACAUGCAUCCUGGAUGAUUUUGGGUUCUAUGAGGCCCGCCAGAAAAUUAUGCAAGAUAGAAAAGCUAAGAAGCAGCUAUUGAAUGAACAGAUGGGAAUCAGGAAGAUGCCUACUGAUGCUGUCGCUGCCGUGGCUAGUGAUGAAGGCAAAGAUGGAUACGUAGUAAAACAAGUAAAUGGAGCAACAACGGCUGCAGAAUCAGUUCAAGUAAACGGAGGAGAGCAAGAGAAAAACUGAAAAAGCCGGGGCUAGCAUCUUAAGUAAGAUUAAGGGAGUGGUGGAACGGGUGGCUAGUUCUGUAAUCUGUUAUCCUCUGCUGUUUGGGUGGCAGAAACCAGAAAGGGAGGAGUUGUUUUAAAGGAGAGGAGAGGAAAGGAGGGGAGGGGAGUUGUGCUUGAAUUAUCAGUAGUUUGGUUUAACUUGUUUGUUAGCAUAUAUCGUUGUUAGAGGAGGACAAAGACAGAAACCAAUUGGACUUGGCAAUAGUUUUGUUUGCUUGCUUA